AUGAUUUUUAGUUAGUACGAACCUUCAAACGAUACGUGUCAAAAUUUGACAGCAAUCGGUCGAUUGGUUCGUGAGAUAUAGCGUUUUGAGUGAAACAACUUUUGUUAUUGUGAAAAAAAUGGAAAAAGACGAAUUUCGUGUGUUAAUAAAACACUGUUUUUUGAUGGGAAAAAAUACUGUGCAAACCAAACAAUGGCUUGAUAAAUGUUACCCGGACUCUGCGCCAGCACAAUCAAAUAUAAAAUAUUGGUUUCGUGAAUUUAAACGUGGUCGUACAGACACAGACGAUGCACAACGCAGUGGACGUCCAAAAGAGGUGGUUACGCCAGAAAACAUCAAAAAAAUCCACAAAAUAAUUUUGAAUGACCGUAAUGUGAAGUUGAGCGAGAUAGCUGAAACCCUAAAGAUAUCAAAGGAACGUGUACAUCAUAUUAUUCACGAAUAUUUGGAUAUGCGAAAGCUCUGCGCAAAGUGGGUGCCGCGUGAGCUCACAAUCGAUCAAAAACAACAACGUGUUGAUGAUUCGGAGCAAUGUUUGAAGCUGUUUAACAGCAAUAAAACCGAAUUUUUGCGUCGAUAUGUGACAAUGGAUGAAACAUGGCUCCAUCAAUACACUCCAGAGUCCAAUCGACAGUCAGCGGAGUGGACUGCACGCGACGAACCCAAUCCAAAGCGUGGAAAGACGCAACAGUCGGCUGGCAAG